GGGCUGCUCACUGGGCUCUGUCAGUUCUCAAGCUGAGCUGGGGCUUGGAUAUUAUAUUAUACGCUGCUCAGCAGUGUGUUCUCACUCUGGCUGGGCAGAAAUUUUCCACAGCUAAGUGGGGAAAGGGUGGGGAAGAACGACUGUCCUGAGGACACCCCUCACUUGCAGGAUAUGGAGGGCAGACCAGCAGAGACCAAGCCAGAGGUGGAGAGGUCAGCAUCCCUAUCUGUGGCUCAGCUGGCAGGAAAGUUCAAGGAGCAAGCAGCCAGCGUUUCUGGAAAGGAGGUACCAGCCAAUAAACCAACCCGGAGGAAACCACCAUGCUCCCUUCCCCUACACACCCAAAAGGUGGAGCUGGGCCACAAUGGGGAGACGAAGCCGUCUCCAAAUGCUUGUCCCCUUCCCAGGGUCAAGGUGAAAAGCUCUCCCCUGAUUGAAAAACUGCAGGCCAAUCUGGCAUUUGCUCCAGCUGCCCUGGUGCCAGGAACAUCUCCAAAAAGCCCAGGUCUGAAAGUCAUACCAUCUCCCUUUAGCACUCCCCCUUCAACUCCCAGCAGCCCCGGCAUCCAGUCCCGUUCCAGUGAAUCGGAUGAGACACCAAUCAGUUUUGAUCAACCACCAGAGGGCACUCACCUGAAGUUUUAUAACAAGGUGCGGACACGGGGGUCACUGAAGCGCAGACCCCCCUCCAGGAAAUUCCGAAAGUCUCAGUCCGACUCCGGAGAUGGUGAAGAUUUAAGGGCAACUGGAUCAUCUCAAGAAAAUGGGGCCAAGGAAGAGGAUGGUGAUGAGGUAUUCAUGCCUAUGAGUCAGAAAGAGGAGUUGCAGUCACCUGUGUAUGGAACAGGCAGUAAACUGAUGCAGAAACAGAUAGGAUCCAAUGAAAAGCCACCCUCAGGGAGAGGGUCCAGCAGCACAGAAAACAAAGAGGAGAGAGAAAAAGAAACAGAGGCAGUGAAACCAUGCAAGAGCAGCACAGGAGAUAAGGAGAAGCCCUGCGCGAGCACUCCAGGGGAGGAAGAGAGGAAGUCAUCCCAGAGCACCCCAGAGGAGAAGCCAUGCCCAAGUACCAUGGGAGAUAAGGAUAAGAAGCUGUGCCAGAACACCCCAGGGGAUAAGGAAGGGAGCACCCUGGGGGAAAGGGAGGAUGGCAAUGCCUCUGAACAGGAAAAAAGGAACAAAGAAAAUAAAGAGGUGAAGAAGGAAGAAAACAGUGAGGGCAAAGACACACAGGAAACAUCAGACACCCAGGAAAAGUCCCUGGAGACGGGGAUGCCGCAGCCGGCAGCAGACACAGGAACUGCCAGUGAGCAUCAUAGUGUGAUGCCAAUGCAAGAACCGGGCACAGAGAUGAACCCAAUCAGGACACAGGAGACUUUAAUGUGAAGAGAAGCCAAACAGUCCAAUUAAGGGUUCAAAAUGGAUGUACUGGCUGACUCUUCUUGGGGUAUAUUGAGCAACUUCAUGGCCAUGUCUGGAGACCUGAUGCACAGUAGCUUGGGCAUGACAAUCACCACUGUUUCUGGGCCCAAUGUUCACCAUUACAGCGAAGUUCCAAAUUUUGUUUGCUCCCCCAUGUUGGACUUUGAUGCAAUUUAUCAGUUUUGGACAUAUAUAAGUUGUGCCUUUUUAAAUAGCUUCCUUUGAAAUAUUUUCAGUUUUCAAAUGCAAAUAAAUGAAGUUUUUAGAAGUAGGGGGAAAUGAUUUUCUCUCUAAAUAUAUAUAUGCUUUAUGGCAGACAAUGUGAAUCCUAAAUCUGGAGAAGAUCAUUUUUAAAUGGUUUAUACGGCAUCUUUGAUGAAUAUCUACUUGGACUAGUGUUGGGCUGGCAAAUAUGUAUUUGAAACACCUACAAGCUAAAGAUUAUUUUUCUGUAGGAUUUUUUUGUGUGUGUUUUUUUUGUGUUGGUGAGAAGUAGCAACUGAAGUACCGUAUCCACAGAACACUUACAGCAUCUGAAGUAAUACUGCAAGCUUUCCUCACACUACUCCACCACUGUAUUCAACUGUUACUUGGAAGGAUCAAGUGUAAGUCAGUUGUCAUGAUGUCUUUGGACUCUACUGAGACUACCAACAAGUGGCCAGCUAGAACCACUUUUAAUUUUUUGUGAUAUAGACACUUGUUUACUGCAAACUGGACUGAAAUAACCUAUUCAUUUCAUGUAAGCCAGUGAACAACCUGUGUAUGAUUGAGUUUCACUUACUAUGGCAGUGGUGGGCAACCUACGGCCCACAGGCCACACGUGGCCUGUUAGGGUAAUCCGCUGGUGGGCCGCCAGACUGUUUGUUUACAUUUGCACAGCCGCCCACAGCUCCCAGUGGCCAUGGCUCACCUAUGGCCUAGGCUGAAUUCGAAUUGGUGAACUACCAUCCCAUGAAAAAUUUAUUUUAAAGAGCCAGGUUCUCUCCUUAGAGUGGGGGUUCUCAGACUGGGGGUUGUGACCCCCUCAGAGGGUCGGGAGGUUAUUACAAGGGGGUCAUGAGCUGUCAGCCAUGUGCAGGGUUGACAGCCCAAGCCCUACCAGCCCAGCUCCAUCCCCCAACCCCGCUCCAGCAUUUAAAAGAGUGUUAAAUAUAAAAUCGUGUUUUUUAAUUUAUAAGGAGGGUCCCACUUAGAGGCUUGCUGUGUGAAGGGGGUUGCCAAUACAAAAAGUUUGAAAACCACUGCCUUAGAGCAUUUAGAGGGAGUGUUUGAAAGGACUGGAUAACAGGAGAAGUACUCAGAUACUAUGGUGAUGAGGCCAUAUAAGUGCUUGGAGCUGGCAUUUAGGGUUCUGUUAAAACUUUCAAAGGACUAGUUGGCUCAGAGGACUAGUUGUGGAUGGGCUAUGGAGCCAUUCGCGUUCAGAUUGCAUUAGCUAUUGAUUAGUCUACAUUAAAUGGGUUUGGGGGAGUAUCACAAUCCCAUUCCUGAUGGACAGGUGUCCACAUCACUAAAACCACCAACAUAUUCUCUGACACCCGACACCGCCCCCGACCCGACAGUAUCAUUGAAGAGGCCAAAGACUGAAAGGGCCAUGGAAACUGAACUCCCUUUCAUCUUUGAAGCAGUUGCCCCAGGACAGGGGUUAGACACACUGGCAAGGCAGAGAGUGAUGGAACCUGGCUCUGCUGCUGCCUGUGCUGCACCUGCUCUGUGGAUGGAGAUCUAUGAGGCAGAGGGUCAUUCUGUUCUGUGUUUGUACAGAGCCUAGCACAAUGGGGUCCUAAAUCCAUGAUUGGGGGUACUAGGCACUACAGCUAUACAAAUAAAUAAUAUCCUAUGUGUCACCUUUUACCUGUACUAAAUUCACAAAAAGACAAAUGGAUUUAUGUUCUAGUUAAUGUCUCCUGCCUUCCAUCCUCCCAGAUGAAAGCACUAAGAUAUUGUUCAUUCAAAACCAGUGAAAAGUGAUUGGUAUUGCCAUUUGUACCUAGAAAAGGUUUCUCAGCAUAUGCAACCCCCACACCCUCUCUGAGCCAUGUCAGCAAGUGUCGUCAUCUUUGAAAUACAUUUUAAUCUGUUUGCUUGAGCUUGUAUCCCAGGCCAGGCUGCAGUCAUCACUGUAACAAUUUUUUUCUCAGCAGAUGUAUCUGGACGUGUGUGAUUGUGCAUUUCUGUAUAUAUGAGUGUGCAUGUUUAGAGAAUGUGUGUGCUGGCCUAGGGGGUGGAAUUUGUCCUCCCUCACCUUGAAAAUAUAAUGGGAAAACAGAGGAAAUAAAAUAGUGGAGU